CUCUUCUUCUUUCCUUGAGCAGCUGCCGAGUAAGUGUUUGCAUCUCUGUGCUUCAAGGUAGAGUUUUGAUCUGCAGAGUGUAACAAUGGCGGACAAGGCAGUAACCAUCAGAACCCGAAAGUUCAUGACCAACCGGCUUCUGUCUAGAAAACAGUUCGUUAUCGAUGUUCUUCAUCCUGGAAGACCCAAUGUUUCCAAGGCUGAGCUAAAGGAGAAGCUCUCCAGAAUGUAUGAAGUAAAAGACCCCAAUUCAAUCUUUGUCUUCAAGUUCAGGACUCAUUUUGGAGGUGGUAAAUCCACAGGAUUUGGUUUGAUUUAUGAUUCUGUUGAGAGCGCAAAGAAGUAUGAGCCCAAGUAUAGGCUGAUCAGGAAUGGACUUGAUACCAAGGUAGAGAAGUCUAGGAAGCAGUUGAAGGAAAGGAAGAACAGGGCCAAGAAGAUUCGUGGUGUCAAGAAGACCAAGGCAAGUGAUGCUGCCAAGGGUGGGAAGAAGAAAUGAGAAUGUGCAAUCAAUACAAUAUGAUUCGAGCUUUUUUAGUUUUCUUAUCCUGUUAGGUUAUGCGGAAGGGAAUAUUUUGAUGUUUGGAAUUUGUUGUGAUCCGAUUAGUUAUAUAUUUAUCUGGUUUUGUGUAUUCUUGAGAGGAUGAGUUUUUGAAUAUCAAGUAGUAAUACAUUCACCAUGUUUCUGACCUUGCCAUAGAAAUUAAAUUUUGAAUGUGUGAUUUUCAA